UUCCCUUCCCCAUCUUCACUUCCAAGUUGUGAAAUCUUUAAGAUUUUGCCCCAGAGACUGUGACCAGGACAAAGCUCUUCCCCCUCCUCUUUCCCCCCCAAAGUAUCCUUCCCAGAUACAUUUCAUUAGCUAUACAUGUGCAUUGUGAAAAGUUUUGGGAAGUUGGGAAGUGAAAAAGAAAAUUUUGUCGUUCAUCUUUGUGUGUAUAUCAAAUACAAACAUAUCAAAUGUGUAUGUCUGAAUAAUGUUUUCAUCUAUACGUAAUAUAUUUUAUAGGAGUCCAGUAUAAAAUCCUUAACCAUCAUACUUUGAUUAGUGUAACAGUACUACCAGUAUCUUUGACUUGUUUUGUGACUUAUUUUAUUCACUUUUUUCUUUUUAUGUGUGUGUGUGUUUUGCCUUGCAGAGUUGGAAGAAUCCAGGGAUUUCAAGUUUUGAGUAGCGGGCGUUUUACAAGAUCACCUCACCUAAACUGAAAAGGCAGAUGCAGCUCUGAGUACCAGAUUGGUGUGUGCACUGCAUGUACAUGAAAACGCACAUGUUUUUGUCAUCGUGUAGACUUGCUCUGGCAUUUUCCUGAGAGCUUUGCAAUUGAUGAAAAUUAAUUUGAGAACCAGAUGGAGCACCUUCGCAGCACAGGAAUCAGUAAUCCAUGGAAAGACACCUGCCAGUAAUGUUCAACUUUCCACAUGGUCUUCACGGGUGAAAAAAGUUUGCAAGAAGAGAAAGAAAAAACACCCUCUGUGCAGAAAAAGCCUAAUAAAUACCUCCACAAUCUAAAUCAAUAGCUGUGAGGGAAAUAGAAGAAUCAAGAGGGCAGUGGAAACUGAUUUAGUUCCAGCAAAGGAAUAAUGUACCGUCUUCAGCACGUUUUGCUUUGGGCUCAGUAGAUUGUGAAUGGACUAAUAAAUUGUGACCUUCUGCUGAGUAAUGAUGACUGGAAGUAAAUAAGUUGAGAAACUAUGGGACAAGUCUGGGCAUUGAACUGAGCAAACCUCACCAUCCUUCUUGAGUUAACCAGGUCAUCAAACCUGCAUAUUCUUUCUCCCUCUCCUUUUUCCUCUUUUCACUUAGUGUGGUAUAAAUACUAGCUAAUUGAGCUCAUAAAUGUUAUUCAAAUAAAACGAUUGGAAUACUUCAUAUGUUUCCUUCUUGUACAGCUGCAAAUGUUGUGUCUGGAACUAUGAAUCUGUGCUGUAGACAAGCAUCAAGAAGGAAAGAUCCGAUCAAACAAGCACGGAAAAUACCUAGAGAAAUAGUGAACCCAGGAAGUCAGAUUUUUAAUGCUGCUUCUCUUUCUUUUUUAGAUGAUUAUAUUUCUUCCUUCCUUGAAUUUUAGAAGAUUUUGAAAGAGUGCUUACUUGAUGUGCUUUAAUUCUGGCAUUUGUUUUCAUGGUAGAAUGAAAAGUCUGUGAUUCCUUGUAGCAGAAAAAAAGGGAAAAGUAAAGGAAAAACAGCUUGACAUUUUAGUCUGUUUCACAGGAGAGAGAACUUCAUGGUUCACCUGAGGCAAACUUAUCUACUUUGAAAGCUAAAAGCUUUAGAGCAUUUUUGAUUCUGCUAUAAAUGAAGAGGGGUUCUUUUUCAUUCGUGUGUGGCAGCAAAAAGUGGGAAAGCAGGCGAGAUAGCGUGAUAAACAGUUCAGGCUGUGUUGGGUCUCUGGUGGAAAAAAGUGCUGCGAUGAAAAUUGGAUUGGCUUUGGAUUGCAAAAACUUUUGAGUCCAACGAACGGUUCAGUACCAAGAGGGAUUUCCCAACUGGCCUGGCACACCAGUGCCUGCACAAGUUCGGGUCUGUUGUUUCACACGGUUUGUGUGCCUUUUUUUCCCUUUAUGCAAUCUCUUUCAGCUUUAGCAGCAGAAAUACAUCAGAUGGAAAAGAUAUGCCAGAGGGCAGCUUGGAAAAGAGGAAUGUCAUAUAUAUACAUGUAUAUGUAUGUGCGUGUGUUUAAAUUUCUGCAACUGAACUUUUGAAGAAAAUCUGACUGGAGGAAAUUUUAAAAGCCUUAAGUUACUUGAAACCUAUACAUUUGCAACUCUUUGUCUCUGGAAUUGCAUUACGCUAAACUGGAAUCUCAGGCUGUAUAAAGAUUAUAUCAAGUUGAGCAAAAAGAUGACUUAACUAUUCCUUGAGAGCCUCUUAUGAAGUAGCUGUUUCUCCAAAGGAUAAGUGCACCCCCACUCUACAGACUCAAAACAAAAAUGAACCUGAAUUUUUUUUUUAAGUGUUACUUUUUCUUAGCCAACUGCCAUCAUCUUUUAUAGAGGAAUUUUUCACUAUGCAUUUGGUGGAUAUUUAUAAACACUGACCCCAUCCUCCUCCCUUUCAAUGAUCUAUCCCAGGUCAGUCUUAUCAAUAAAAAAAAAAAAUUGAUUUAAAUUUUGUGCACUAGACAUAUUACUUUCUUAUGUCAAAAAAUAAAAGAUUUGAAAAGCAUGUAUGCAGCAGUGGAACAUGGGCCUGUUCUUUGCAGCGAUUCCAACAUCCUCUGCCUCUCCUGGAAAGGCAGAGUCCCCAAAAGUGAGAAGGAGAAACCGGUGUGCAGGAGGCGGUACUAUGAGGAAGGCUGGUUGGCAACAGGCAAUGGCAGAGGAGUUGUAGGCGUCACUUUUACUUCCAGCCAUUGCAGGAGGGACCGGAACACCCCUCAGAGAAUCAACUUCAAUUUGAGGGGCCACAACAGUGAGGUUGUGCUGGUGAGAUGGAAUGAACCAUUCCAGAAAUUAGCAACCUGCGAUGCAGACGGAGGAAUAUUUGUUUGGAUACAAUACGAAGGCAGAUGGUCCGUGGAGCUCGUGAAUGAUCGUGGGGCACAGGUAAGCGACUUUACAUGGAGCCAUGAUGGGACUCAGGCACUUAUCUCCUAUAGAGAUGGAUUUGUGCUGGUCGGUUCAGUCAGCGGACAAAGACACUGGUCUUCAGAAAUAAACUUGGAGAGUCAGAUCACCUGUGGCAUAUGGACUCCAGAUGACCAACAGGUACUGUUUGGCACUGCUGAUGGACAGGUUAUUGUCAUGGACUGCCAUGGCCGAAUGCUGGCCCAUGUGCUCCUUCAUGAGUCAGAUGGCAUCCUCAACAUGUCCUGGAACUACCCCAGCUUCCUGGUGGAGGACAGCAGCGAGAGCGACACAGACUCCGACGACUAUUCCCCACCACAGGAUGGACCAGCUGCGUAUCCUGUGCCGGUGCAGAACACCAAGCCACUACUUACUGUCAGCUUCACGUCAGGAGACAUCAGUCUAAUGAACAAUUAUGAUGACUUGUCUCCUACUAUCAUCCGCUCAGGGUUGAAAGAUGUGGUGGUGCAGUGGUGCACACAAGGAGACCUGCUUGCAGUAGCAGGCAUGGAGAAGCAGAACCAGCUGCUUGACCUCAGCAAUGGUUCCCUGCUGAAAAGCGCACUUGUCAAGUUCUACAACGUGCGUGGGGAACAUAUCUACACUCUGGAGACACCUGUGCAGCGUCCCAUCAUCUCGAUCUGUUGGGGUCACAGAGACUCCCGCCUGCUGAUGGCUUCUGGGCCGGCGCUGUACGUGGUCAGGGUGGAGCACAGGGUCUCCAGUCUGCAGCUGCUGUGCCAGCAGACCAUUGCCAGCUGUCUGCGGGAUGACAAGGACAUCAGCAAGCUGACCCUACCCCCUCGGCUCUGCUCGUACCUCACCACUGCCUUUAUACCAACAAUCAAGCCUCCAAUCCCAGACCCAAACAAUAUGAGAGAUUUUGUCAGCUACCCAACAGCUGGUAAUGAGCGGCUUCACUGCACCAUGAAGCGGACGGAAGAUGACCCAGAGGUCGGUGGUCCAUGUUAUACUCUGUACUUGGAAUACCUUGGGGGACUGGUGCCCAUCCUGAAAGGACGUCGUAUCAGCAAGUUGCGGCCGGAGUUUGUCAUCAUGGAUCCUAAAACAGAUGGAAAAGCAGAUGAAAUCUAUGGAAACAGCUUGAUUUCCACUGUGAUUGACAGCUGCAACUGCUCUGACUCCAGCGAUAUCGAACUCAGCGAUGACUGGGCAGCAAAGAAAUCUCCAAAAAUCAGUCGAGCUAGCAAAUCACCUAAACUUCCCAGAAUCAAUAUAGAAGCUCGCAAAUCUCCAAAGAUGUCACGAGCUGCACAGGAGAUCUCAAGAUCACCAAGGUUACCAAUAAGGAAACCCUCUAUUGGUUCACCAAGCCUGACACGAAGGGAGUUUCCUUUAGAAGAUAUUACUCAGCACAACUACCUUGCUCAGGUCACAUCUAAUAUCUGGGGAACCAAAUUUAAAAUUGUGGGUUUGGCUGCUUUCCUACCAACUAACCUUGGUGCAGUAAUAUAUAAAACCAGUUUGCUGCAUCUGCAGCCCAGGCAAAUGACAAUAUAUCUCCCAGAAGUGCGGAAGAUUUCAAUGGACUACAUUAACAUGCCUGUCUUUAAUCCAAAUGUUUUCAGCGAAGACGAAGAUGAUUUACCAGUGCCCGGCGCCCCCGGCGCGCCCGCCAGCAGCCCGCCCUGCACCGUCAACAUCCCCAUCGCGCCCAUCCACAGCUCGGCGCAGGCCAUGUCGCCCACGCAGAGCAUCGGCCUUGUCCAGUCGCUGCUCGCCAACCAGAACGUGCAGCUGGACGUGCUGGCGAACCCGCCGGCCGAGGCGGGGGGCGAGGGGCCGGGGCCCUUCCCGGGAGCUCCGGGCCGCUUUCCCGGCCCCGGGGCGGGGGCGCUGGCCGUGGGCGAGCUGGGCCGGCCCCCGCCGCCGCCGCUCGCCCCGCCGCCGCCCGCGCCCCCCGCCAUCGCCCUGGCCGACCUGCGGGACCACGGCGACCGCGAGCAUGAGCCCCCGCCCAAGGCCAAGGCCCCGCGGCCGGGGCCACCGCUGGUAGAAGGGGACGCCGUCAUCUUCGGGGCCGCUCAGGAGCUGCAGCUGAACAAGAUGAACCCGCCGCCUCCCUACCCCGGCACCAUCCCGGCCGUGCCCGCCGCCGCCCUGCCGCCCCCGCCCGGCCCCCCGCAGCCGCCCCUCGAUCUCUGCCUCAAGAAGGGGGAGUUCUCCCUCUACCCGGCGGCCCACUACCAGACGCCCCUAGGGUACGAGCGGAUAACGACGUUCGACAGCAGCGGGAAUGUGGAGGAGGUGUGCCGGCCUCGCACCAGGAUGCUCUGCGCCCAGAGCACCUACACCCUGCCCGGUCCCGGCAGCUCCGCCACCUUGCGCAUCACAGCUGCCGAGAAGAAGAUGCAGCAGCCCUGUGCCAGCGCCACCUUGAACCGGCUCACGGUGCCCCGUUACUCCAUCCCAGCCGGGGACCCGCCGCCCUACCCUGACAUUGCCAGCCAGCUGUCCCAGGGCAGAAGCAUGGCGCAGAGGCUGGACAGCAGUAUCAUUCAUGCUACUCUGCGGAGAAACAGCAGAGAGGCAGCCCUGAAAAUGGCUCAGCUGAUGGAUGGUCAGAGAGCCACUUUGCAACUUCCCCCUAAAGCCAAGAGCAACAUUGUGUCAGCACAGUACCAGCAGAGAGUGCCCACAGCCUUGUACACCUGCAGCCAGUGCAGCAGUGGCAGCGCUGGCAGCAGCAGCGGUGCGAGCGCCGGUGGCACGGGCAGCAUCGCUAGUGCCAAUGCUGGUAGCAGCGCUUCCGGUAUUGGUGCCAUGAGACCAGAUCUGAGCGCAGGGAGUGGCUCCCAACACAGCUCUGUCAUUGCUCACUCUGUCAGCACUUCGCCUCUGGCCUCCCAGUCCUCCUACAGCUUGCUGAGCCCACCUGACAAUUCCCGUGACCGAGCGGAUUAUAUCAACUCCGCUUUCACGGAGGAUGAGGCCCUUUCUCAGCACUGCCCAGUGGAAAAAUCAGUACGGCACGUACCUGUGUCCUUGACAGAGGCUACCCUUAGUGUAAAACGGCCCCCGCCGUACCAGUGGGAUCCCAUGGUGAGCGAAGAGAUAUGGGUUCCUCAGGAAAGGACAUCUCAGAGCUCAGUGCCCAACCCUCUAAAACCUCCUCCGCUCAUCAUUGGUCAAGCUCAACAUCUGGAUAUGUCUCGAGUGCCAUUUGUUUCCCCCAAGUCUCCAACCAGUCCCACUGCCACUUUUCAGACAAGUUAUGGGGUUGGAGUACCUUACCCAGGAAGCUACAGUGCCCCACCCCUUCAGGGAAUGCAGGCCCCCUGCUCCCCCAAAGAAGCUCUGGCCCCAACACAGUUUGCACAGCAGGAGCCCACAGUUGUGCUUCAGCCAGGUUAUCCAUCCAACCUCUCCUAUUGCCCUUUGCCACCCAUGUACCCGGGAAGUAGCACUUGCUCUAGUUUACAGCUGCCACCGAUCGCCUUGCACCCGUGGAGCUCCUACAGCGCCUGCCCACCCGUACAGAACCCCCAGGGCACCUUGCCUCCCAAGCCACUCCUCGUGGUGGAGAAGCCAGUGAUGUCUCCCCCGCCAGCAGAGCUGCAGGGCCACGUGGGCACAGAGGUGAUGGUGGAGACGGCAGACACGUUCCAGGAGGUGCUCUCCUUGACAGAAAGCCCUGUUUCUCAAAGGACAGACAAAUUUGGCAAGAAGAGCCGGAAACGCCUGGACAGUCGAGCCGAAGAAGGAAAUGUGCAGGCUAUCACUGAGGGCAAGGUCAAAAAGGAGGCAAGGACACUGACUGACUUCAAUUCACUGAUAGCAAGCCCUCGGCUGGGGAGGGAGAAGAAGAAGGUCAAGAGCCAAAAAGAUCAGCUGAAGUCCAAGAAACUAAACAAGACAAAUGAGUUUCAGGACAGUUCAGAGAGUGAGCCGGAGCUUUUUAUCAGUGGAGAUGAACUGAUGAACCAGAGCCAAGGCAGUAAAAAGGGUUGGAAAACUAAAAGGAGUUUGAGGACAGCCAGUGAGCUGGAUGAAUUCAAGUGCCGGAAGGCCAGUGAGAAGGAGGAUGGGCGACUGGGAAGCCAGGGCUUUGUGUAUGUCAUGGCCAACAAGCAGCCACUGUGGAACGAGGCAACACAAGUCUACCAGCUGGACUUCGGAGGGCGGGUGACCCAGGAGUCGGCAAAAAACUUCCAGAUUGAGCUGGAAGGACGACAGGUGAUGCAGUUUGGAAGAAUUGAUGGCAAUGCUUACAUUUUGGACUUUCAGUAUCCAUUUUCUGCAGUGCAAGCCUUUGCUGUUGCUCUGGCUAAUGUGACUCAACGCCUCAAAUGAAAAAGCAGAGACUGGAGAGAGGAAAAUGUUAACCUUCUCAUGAAGUCCAAACCGGAAAAUGUCAGGGCAGCCUGCUUUAGGUGUGCAGAGAUGCCUGGGAGUUAAGAAGGCAGUAAAACUGGAAAAGUCUCUUGGUGCCCACCAGAAGGGCAUUAACUCUAAUCAGUCACGGGGUGGAGGGUGGGGGGGCUGUUUUCUGUUUGUUUGUUUGUUAGCUUGUUUGUUUUCCGGUUUCAUUUUCUUUUCAAGCCUUGUGCUGGGUGUCAGAAAGAGCGAAGGGUUGAGAACCAUUCAGUGUUACGUGGAGAAGUGUGGCUUUUGGCUUGUUGUGGUGGUUCUGCUGUUUGUGCUACAGUAGCUGAUGUAAGCUCAUGGGGGGAUUAAACCAGACUGCUCUUUUUGAUAGACUGCCUUAUCUCAUGCUAUUUUUUUUAAAACAGGGAACAUUACUUUUUUCUGGUCCAGUUUGUACUUCUACUACUAAAACAUCAGUGAUAGCAGCAAACAAAGUAAAAAAAGAAAAGAAGCUGUAAUACUUGAAGACAUGUGUUUCUUCUCUGAUACCUGCUAAUAACUGAGCACCACAGGUUCCAAGGAGGCUUAUGUAGGUAAACGUUUAAUUUAUAAACAGUGACACGUUACUCAGAAGAGAAAAAAUUCUUGCCAGUGGGUGCUUGUCAUGGUUUAGGAAUGGUUUUCUCUAAUUUAGUGUUCCCACCAAAACACUCCAAACCAUGCACCACUUGCUCACUGCCCCCUCCCCUUUUCCCUUCCCUGCAGUGGGAUGGAGAGGAGAAUUGGAGGCACAAAAGGUAAAGAUCACAGGUAGAGAGAAGAACGAUUUACUGCAAACAGCAGUGGAAUGAGAAAACAAACAGUUCCAGCAUCAAUGUUAAUAACAGAGUGCAGGAGAGGCGAAAGAUUCGCACGCAUGUGCUCACCAUGGGGGAGCCUCUGCCAGUACCUGACCUUGCUGCCACACCAUGUGACCUGCAUGGGACCCCUUCCCACAGCCCCAGAAAAUGAUGGGGAGUGGUAUAGAAUAACCUCUGGAUUCUAGUCAUCCCCUCUCCUGGCUACUGCAAAAAUUAACUCUCUCAUGGCUAGAACUAGGGUUUAAUAACCCACUGUAUCAAAGAAGUUGAUAUUUGCUUGUUUCGUAUGCUGUUAAGGGGGAUAAACAUCUUUCAGUAGGUGACAGAGGAGCAAAUAGUUACAAGCAUUGCUUCUUUUGUUACUGGCAUAAACAUCUUUCAGUAGGUGACAGAAAACUGGAGAGGAAGUAAUCAUGAGUGUUGUUUUUUGUUCACAUUGUUCAGCAGUAUUCUGUGAUUUGGCCUGUAGCUGGGAGAGGUACAAUCUGAUCAGAUGUACCUCUGAGGCCGUGCCUGUGCUUGCUCCUCAUUUCAGUGUGUUUACACCAUGUAAACAAAGCUUUUCCAGCAAAUGAGAAGACCCAGUGUAUUCAGUCCUCUUAGCAAUCAGUAUCAAUCAAGUUCUACAACAGUGCUUGAAUUAGGAAGGAGACAAGUGUAGCAAGUCAUUACAAGAAGAAAUUUCAUCAGAGAAGCAAGUUCAUUAAAGGAAACAACAUCAUGGCUGGCUGGAGAACAAAUGAGUUGAAAGAGAAAGAAAAAACUGGACAGAAUCAUGUCUUUUGUCACCCACCUUGCUGCUUGCUCCAGCUAAGAGCAGGAAGCCAGUGUGUACACAGAGUGUGACAGAGGAAAGCUUAGUAUCAGUAGUACGACUGUGCAGUUCUCUUUGGUGCACAUGCAGACAGACCUGUUGAGCAUUUCAGAAGGUUGCUUGCACAGAAGAGUUUCUUUGUUGUCUAUGUGUUGUGCACGUUUAUUUGCUUUUUCUCUUUCCUCCGUGUCAGCAUUUUGCUACAGAAUACGUUUUGAUAUGGAAGUAAUUUGAUCAGUGAUACCCAAACCCCCCAACUAUUCAUAUAAUUAUUUGGACAUUAGAUUACAAAACAUCACAGCAGGGUUUUUUAUCAAAAAUUGAUCUUUUGAAGUUAAAGGCCCACUGGGAAAGAUUUGCCGGUUGAGAUGUCAACAGCUGCUUUGUCUUUCGUCCACAACUUCUUUACUUGAAAAGCUCAGUAUAACUUAAGAUGAAUAUGUGUGAUUUUCUCUCUUUGUCCUAGUAGUAGGGCAGAUGCGUGUUGCAUUUGAUUUAUUCUAAAGGAACAUUUGACAGAAGGCCUUGCUGUAGUAGAAAUUACCAAUAUGCAGUGAUCUUCUAACUUGUGUUCUGCUGAGACUUCCAGAGCUGUACAGCACAGAGAAGCAAUGCCAGUAGAGGAGUUUCAGAGAGCUGCCAAGGGAGGUGAUGAGUUAGAUUGGAUAAUGCCCCACAGGGUAGGUCCAGGAAAAACCACGUUUGAGAUGGUGUCAUUGGAGAGAGGAAGGAGAAGUAGGAGAGAAAGAGCAGGGCAGUAGAUGGUACCAUGCCUGUCUUAUCCCAAAGCUUAGCAGCUUCUUGUGUGUGGGAGAGGUCAGGCUCAACAUUACCCUUGGCAUCUAUCAGAUUGUUGUUUUCUUUAAUUAAUUAGUUUUGUUUCCAUUAAUUGUCUGGGCCCAUUAGUGUUCUUUUUCACAUGUUUGAUUUAUUCAGCAGUUUGAGUGCCUGUAUGUAUACUGGUAUGUGUGGAAAUAGAUUUGGUUCUGGUCCCUUGAAAAUCAAUGGAAAUGUUUCACUUGUUUUUUUAUUGAGGAAACACUAUUAAGAGCUUUGUCUAUAUUGAGUUAUAUACUGUAAAAACAGUAGGUUGAAUUCUUAGUCCACUGAUUCCAGUACACAAGGAGGGAAGUUUGCUGAUGAGAGGCCUCACCUGCCCUAAGGUCUGUGCUAACCAGCUGUACCCUAAUUAGUGUUUGACAAGCACACAGUGAAUGCUGUAAGACAAGAAACAUACCAGGGGUGGCUUGUUUGCUUGCUGAGGCAAGGGCCACUUAGUCAUUUGUCAGAAAUACUCAGCUGGAAGAACACUGCCAGCUGAAAUCAUUAGGAUGUGGAAACAAUGAGAAUGUUUUUUUUUCUGAUGAAAAUUUAAUCUAAAUAAGGACUUCUGCUUGCAGUUUCGUUAGCCUUCCAGAGAACAGUAUCCUCUUCGCUUUGUUCAUUGCCAAAUGUUUCCAGUUAUCAGUAGUUUUAUUCUAAUGGAGAACCAAGAAUUGAAACCGAUAAAACAAGUAACAGAGUUCUUAAUUUGGUUUCACUGGUCCAGGUCAUGAUUGCAUCCUUUUGAUGGCACUCAUAAAGAGCCUUGGCAUAGAAAAAGCUUUGGUUUUUGCCCAAGAAAAGAACAAGGAAUAAUUACCAAAAAAUUGGGAAAAUAAAUACUAUUUUCAACAUCGUUUCCAUUUGCUUGUCCAAAAACUCUGUAAGAUACGAUAGUUUAUCUUUUUGAAAAUAAUUUAGUCAAGUCUCUUCAAUUAAGGAUAUUAAUAUGUAGAGAAUCCCCAAUAUUUGUGAGAGAAAAUACUCUCAAAUAUAUAUAAUUUUAAUUAAAGGAAUGGUAAAUACAUAAAAAUCUGACUGUACAACUGGAUCCUAAAUUAUACAAAGAACAAGUGAAAGUAAUUUUAUUUUAAAUUGAGAUACAAUAUAGGAAACAAAUUUAAGAAUGUCCCCGAUUAAUCACUUAAGUCAUGAAGGCUGCUAUUGCAUUCAGCUGAAAGAUAGAUGUUACGUUUUCUAUUUUGUUAGUAAAACUCAGUUUUCUGUAGGUAAUUUAAGUUCUUCUAGGAAGAAUGUAGCAAAGUGUUCAGAAAUACCUAGUUCUUUUAUACAUGCAGUAAUUUUCACUAGUAAAGGAUGUUUUUUCCAAAGCUUUUUU